GUACACGCUGCGUUAACUCUUUUAAUAAAUAUGCAAUUAUUCUCAACAUUAAUUAAAAUUUGCAGAAACGUAUGAAAAUUUUGUUUGGCGUCUACGAAAGCGUGAAAUACGAAAUGGGUACAAUAAUUAUUUUCUUUAUUUUCCAACGAGAACGUUUUCUUCGUAGCUCCUCAAUUCAUGCAGCUAUAUUUCGACCAAUGAAACAACGCAUCGCAAUUUUGUUAUAAAUGAUCAGAAAAUUGGAAAACAAACGAAAGAAAACGACGUACGGAAAUAUAAUUAAAAACAACGUCACGUUUGACAGGUCAACGAUGGAAGAAAAAUUUGUCGAGUGAUCGAAAUGAUUUUUUCAAUUCGAUAGAAAUCUAAUGGUACAAAUUACGAGUACGAGUUUAAGUUUUAUCGUCCAAUUGUGGAGAAAAAAUUUAUUAUUUGGCGUAUGGCGCGGAAAAAUAGUAGAAGGAAAGCUAGAAAGCUCCUCUCAAAACACAUUAGAAGAAAAUGGCAGAAGACGAGGCCGAUGAAAAUAGCCGCUCUUAUCGUGUCAGCGAUACAAGAUCUUCGAGAGACUAAAGGAUCUACAUCUAAGAAGAUUAUAGCUUAUAUUAGAAGUUCUUCUAAUUUGCCUGAAAAACGUGUUAAGAGACAGGUAAAGGCGGCAUUAAGACGUGGUGUAGAAUAUGGAAUUCUACGAAGAUAUCGAGGACACUAUUUUCUGCCUAUCGGCAACGAGGUGGAUCGAGCGAAUCGAAUAGCAGUUAGAUUUGCCAGACUGCCAUCGCCUCGGAGACCAUCCGCAAAAUCGAGAAACGUUGGCCUUCGCAAAAUGCCAGCCACGAGGGAUCGUAAGAAAGGGCGGGGACGAUCCGCUAACAGAAGUGGAAAUAGCGUUGCCGAGGGCAAAAGCCCAAGAAAGUCACGUUCCCUUCCCUUCUCAACGGCAACGACGGCGACGAGCUUCGUGGGAAUACAGGAAGCCGACGACAUUUCUGUCGAAUAAGACGAUUCUAGACGUCGAUAAGGACUUUUCUAAACUUGCAGAUUGUUGUACUUACAUUUUGUAAACGUUACUUAUAAACUCGUAUUUUCUUGUCCAAAUCGAACUUAAAAAAAAAACAAAAAAGAACAAAAAGAAACUUGUUUUUCUCGACAUACUUUAUAUACACACACGCACACACACACACAUAUAUAUAUAUAUAUGUAUAUAUAAAGGAAAAAUCAAUUUCUCUUUUCUGAAUGGCUCGAUCGUUUUGAUAGAAGCAGCCACUUCAAUAUCUAUCGGCUCUAUCGGCUCUUUUUCUAUUAUAACUAAGUAUCGAUCGCUAGCAUCGGCUUUCAUCCUUCUCCACGUUCGGCACGUAACCGUGGAAUUAAGGCGAAAUGAGAGACGAGCUUUUUUCGUAAAUUGCACCGACGGAGGAGACGCAAACUCCUCG